AUGGGUACGAUCCCACACGUCUUGCACACCGGUGCGCGACCGAUUCACGUCCUUGAAUUCGUCGAUGCCGUCCGAGCCACUUGCCCACCUCGCUUCCCUGCGACGAGAGGCAACCAGCACCGGCCUGUUGCUCUCGCCAUCAGCGGUGGUGUCGAUUCCAUGGCCCUGGCCUACCUCUGUACGCGCCUCCGCCAGUUCGACCCCAUGUUCAAGAUCUCCGACAACCCGGUCUCUGGCUUCCGCGCCAUGAUCAUCGACCACCGACUUCGAGAGGGCUCGGACCGGGAAGCCGGCGCCGUGGCAGCCGCCCUCAAAACCAUGGGCGUGUCGGGCGACAUCUACCCGCUCAUCUGGUCCAAGGUGCUGGGCGACUACAACCACCCGAAAGACCUGCCCAACUUUGAGAGUCUCGCGCGAAAACUUCGAUACCGCAGACUGGGCGCCGCGUGCGGCUUUCGCAAGAUGGCAAGUCUUAUGCUUGCCCACCACGAGGACGACCAGUACGAGACCAUCCUUAUGCGCCUGAUGCAAGGUCACGGGAGCCGGGGCCUGCGCGGCAUGAGGAAGGCCUCGGAUAUCCCCGAGUGCGAGGGCGAGUUUGGCGCCUGGCAGAGUGGCUAUGUGGACGACCAGAACCGGCCCCAACCCUUCUACAACAACAGGCUCAGUAAGUGGCAGCGAAAGGACUUGCGGUACGAGCUGAGAUCCAAGAUCAACCGGCUCAUGGACGAGGAUGAGUCCAGGGACCAUGACCAGAUCGAAUAUGACGACUACGACCUCGAGGAGUUCUACCUGAACAAGCGAGCUAUAUCCUUCGAUCCCUUCAAUAUCGCUGUCGAGGAUGGCGGAGUCUGUGUCUACCGACCGUUACUGGAGUUCAGCAAGGACCGCUUGAUCGCUACCUGUCUCGCCAACAACAUUCCAUGGUGGGAGGACCCUACCAACCAAGACGCCACUCUCACCAUGAGGAACGCCGUCAGACAUCUAUACAAGGGAUACACUCUGCCUGUCGCCCUACAGAAGCCAUCAGUCUUGGCCCUCUCCAAGAGGUGCGAUGAGCAAGCCCAAGCCAUCGAGGCCGAAGCCCGUAGGCUGCUCACCAAGACCAUCAUCCAUGAUUUCGAGCCCAACGUCGGCACUCUGACGGUCCAGUUUCCGGACUACGGACUAGCUCUGCCGCCAAGAGAUAUGCGCUCUUCGCUGCGGAGCCAGGCUCGAAGGUUGAGGCAACGAGAAGUCGCCGGACUUCUCAUCCAGAGGAUUCUUCUCCUAGUCAGUCCGGAAUUGCAACCUUCGCCCGUCUCAAACCUGCAGAAUGUUAUCUCCCGCCUCUUCCCAGCACUCUCCAACUCUGAGGAUGCCAGCUCGACUGAAAAGCCGAAGGCGUUCAACAUCGCCGGCAUACACCUGACCCCGGUCGAGUCUGCGUCCCGAGGUUCCCAGCCAGGAUCCAGUGGAGGAGGCCAACUCAGCUGGUAUCUCACCCGUACGCCUUAUUCCUCGACGCUUCCGGUCCCGCGCUUCCGCACCCCGUACUGGUCCGUCGAGAGCAAACGGAAGAAGGGCAGAAGGUACCAACGCUGGAAGUGGUCCCAAUGGUUGCGCUGGACCCUGUGGGACGGCCGUUUCUGGAUGCGCAUGACGCACCGUCUCCCCUAUCGAGUCAUCGUCCAGCCCUUCGUCAAGGAGCACGCGAAAGCCCUCCGCGAACUCCUCUCCCCAGACGAUCGCGACCGGCUUGCCGUCGUCCUGAAGAGGUACGCGCCCGGCAAGGUGCGGUACACCCUGCCGGCCAUCUACCUCGAGGAGGAUCUCGAUCUCGAGAACGUGGUGCCCCGGCCGGGCUACCCGAAUCCCUCCUUCCAGGAGAGCGACACGAAGGGUGUGAUUGGGGAUCAAUUCGCCCACCCCAAGGUCCUGGAUGUGUCCAAGCUGAAGCUCAUUGCGCUGCCGACGCUGGACAUCCAGGUGCCUAAGCUGGAGGACUGGCUCGUGUACGAAGUUCGGUACAAGCGGGCUGAUCGUAGUACCCUCGAGAGUGCGGGCACGUAUGAUAGAACGUCUUUCGUGGACCCCAAACGGGCAAACGGGGUCUUCGUGCGCGCACCGAGGAGCCGUGCUGGCCGGCGCAUAUCGAGAAGACGAAAUCGCUGA